GUGUCUUUAUCAAACACCCCUUUCCGCGCACGCGUCUCGCGUCUCUAUCGCCGCAUCCGCAUGCCUCCGCCCCGAGUCAUGCCCUUUUUUACUAGUACUCCGCGCACACGUUCUUCCGCCUGUCUUGCGUGCUUGACCGCCGUAUAUAUUAACCCGUCUCCAAGAGAGCUAACGAUAAAUUUCAGACCACCCAGUUCUCUCUCCCCGCAAUCGUUCCUUGCCCAACGUUCCAACCUCCCACCAGUACUAAUCCACCAAUGUGCCACACCCACCCCACCCAGCGCACCUCCGCCGCACCUCUCUCUCUCCAGCCGCCCGUCAACACCUGCUGGCAAGAGAUCGAUGAGAAAACCGUCACGAUCAUCUGCUGCGACUCUACGGAGUGCCCGGGUUCGCCCAACUACAUCUCCAAGAAGCUCCCCAUGCCUGAGCGCUGAACGACGCUGAGUCAAGAGAGGCUCGCACGAGCCCUCAACCAUCCGUACACGCUGAGCGUGUCCUUUACCAAUUGCUGCUUUCCAACUUCUGCCAUGUGAUCUCAUACCCCAUGUUCCACAUGCCAACGAUCUUCCACUAUGUAUCUGUAUGCCCUUUCAAAUUUUCUGCCUGUCUGUCCACAACCAUGUAUUCACGUCUCAUCCCAUUCCUCUUUCCACCAAUACCAAUGAUACGUUUUCAAUACCAAUACUUAUUAAUGUGUCG